GUAAGCAAAAUGGCGGAAAGCAAUGACUUGUCAGCAUCCCAAACAGAGAAACUGUUACAGUUCCAGGAUCUCACGACGAUAGAGGACCUCGAAAGGUGUCGAGAAAUACUGAAUCGGCACAACUGGGACCUCGAGGUCGCCGUUCAAGACACGUUAAACAUCCAGGAGGGUACGCCUUCCGUCUAUUCGCCGCCUUCUAGUCGACAGCCAUCGGUUGUGGUCGAUCAUGCGGACCAAAGGUUAUUCUACUCAGUCCAGAGCUGGCAGCCCAGUGGUCUUCUGGGAUGGAGCAAAUUCAUCAUUACCUUCCCCUUCUCCUUCUUCUACAACACCUUGUUAAACAUCAUCCGGUACGCAUGGAGGAUAAUCUGGCCAGGGCCAAGAAGAUUGGGUACAGAUCCCCUGGCUGAUGUGCUGAACUUUAUUCAAGCCUUUGAGACCAGAUAUGGGAGCAAUCACCCAGUCUUUUAUCAGGGCACGUACAGCCAGGCCUUGAAUGAUGCAAAGCGGGAGUUGAAGUUCCUUCUCAUCUACUUACACGGCGAUGACCACCAAGACACGCCGACAUUUUGCAGGGACGUUCUGUCCUAUCAGCCACUGGUGGACUUCAUCAAUAGACACAUGCUGUUCUGGGCGUGUUCCGUCAACUACUCCGAAGGUUACCGAGUGUCCCAGGCGCUCCGGGAGAACACAUACCCAUUCCUGGCCAUGAUAGUUUUGCGGGAUCACCGUAUGACGGUGGUUGGCCGUCUUGAGGGCCUCAUGGAGCCGGACACUGUCUUGUUGCGGCUUCAACAAAUCAUGGUCGACAACGAGGCUGCUCUCAUAACGGCACGCAUGGAGAGGGACGAGCGAUCCUUGACGCAGAGCUUGCGGCAGCAACAAGACGAGGCAUACCAGGCCUCAUUGCUCGCUGACCAGGAGAAGGAGAGGCGGCGCCUCGAGGAGGUCAGGCGGCAACAGGAGGAGGAGCAGCGCCAGCAGGAGCAAGCCCUCCAAGAGCAGCAAAGGAAAGAGGAGAUUCAGCGCAUGAAGCUGGAGCUCGUGGACCAGAUCCCCGAGGAGCCUCCAGAUUCGGACCCUGGGAGCAUUCACCUCGUCAUCAAGCUUCCUACAGGAACUCGUCUCGAGAGGCGGUUCAGGCGGACACAGUCACUCAAGUAUCUGUACUUCUACGUCUUCUGCCAAGCGGACGCGCCCAACAGCUUCGAGAUCAUCACAAACUUCCCGCGACGGACACUGCCCUGUGAGCCCACGCGCGAGUGCCCCGAGCCUCCGAGUUUUGCCGAGAUCGGACUCGGGAAGACAGAGACUGUGUUUAUCCGCGACCUGGACGCGUGAGCAUCGCCGGACUGCAGCCGCCGACCUAGGUUUUUUCUCUUGCCGCUGCCGCCGCUGGUUUCUUUCGUUCCUUCUUCUCCAGCGUAGAACGCGUUGGCUGUUCGCAAUGACAAGUCCUCUGUUGUUUGUCUGUGUUCGGGGCUUUAGUUGUAGUCUCGAGACCGUUUAUCCUCGUGCUGUGCGCAGUUAUGAACUGAGAGUUUGCUCUUGUGUCACCUUGGAGCCAUCUGUUUAGCAUAAUUUUUCGUGGGAUGGGGAAAGGGUGGAGAAGAACAAUAGAGUUAUGCGAGCUAAUGCAUCAGAGGGUUUUCUAUUUUCGUUGCAUUCUCCUUUCUCCAGUUUCGCACUGCCUGAAUCGCAAUGGUGAAGCCCUGCCGCACGGUAGGGUGCAGCGCCACUUAUGACCGUACGUGUGUUGCUACCGAGCCUCGUACUUUUUUUGAUGACUUUGUUUCCUUGGGAGGGGAUAAGGAUGCAGACAUGCUGCAGCAAUUGCCUUUUUAGCCAUAAAUCAGUUAUUCACUCUUCCAAUAACAAUGGAAGUCAACCCAGCUUCACCUCAAUGACCAUGAGAUUCGUCUAUAUGUAGAUGUCAGUGGAUAGUCAUCAGACGUAAUGGACGAUCUGUGCCUGUUUAUUGCACACAGAGCUGUAGAAAAGUUUUUUUAUUUUUAUUUUUUUUUCAGUUGCAGUUUCUCAAAAUGCGAUAAAAAAGCUGGUUAAACCCGUGAGCAGACUCCAUGCCUAACUGCACUUGUUAACCUGUUUUUCCUUGUUUCGAUGGUUUGUCAGACUGGCUGUUUCUUUGUAAAGAAAAAAAUUGUGUUGAGUUCUAGCGAAUGGCUGAGCUACAUAUCCAGCACACGCCUGUUUCAGGGUUUUUAUUUCUGCUAUUUUUGAAUGACAUCCAGAUAUUUGCAUGACACCUCAUGUCUUUUUUUUUCUAUGUGUCUAAAUUUAAUGGAAGAUAGUGUUUUUCACAGAAAUGGGGAAAAAGAAUCAUGUUAGCCAGUCAAAGUGCGACAAAAAGUGUUGAUCAUUCGUUGUGAGGCAUUUAAUUACUAAAAGCUGCAUGCCAAGCUGGCCUAAGUAUUUCGUAUCAGCUCUACAACUUUCAGUGCCUGAUGAUUGUUAUAUACGGUUUGAAAGGCAUUUCUCCUCAUUGUAGACAAGUUGUAGCAUCAAAGGCUUAACUGAAUUGGUGUGAGCUAAGGUAUAGUGGACGAGGUCUAGAAAAGGGUUCUGAAUCGACGAACAUACAGAAUGGCAUUGUAAAAUACGUGCACAGGUUUUGUGAGAGAUGGCAGCUUGCCUCAGAAGCGGUGCGAGCUGUUUUGCAUUCAAUUAGAGUUGAGCGGUGCAUUUCAUUACUAUGCUUGCAGCAUUUUUUAUUGUUGAUUUCAGCGAAAUCUUUUUGUCGAUGAGAAAACAUGUUGAUGUUGUAGUGAGCAAACUCUGCUUUGAAUUGACCACCGAAUGGCAGGUUUUUCUGCCAAAAUCCCUGUCACUACAAUAAUGUACUGCGGCACUGAAUCCUAAAGCAAGCAUAUUUUAUUAAAUUAAAAUGGAAUACGUUUUGCCAUGUCGGUAAACGAAUUUCAAAGCCCAGCAUACAGGGUGGCUUUUAUAUGUCCAACAAAAAUUUUCUUUGUGGGGAAAAGAAAGCUUUUAACAAAUGUUUGUGCAGUCUAACCAUGCAUGCUUAGUUGCAUUGAACAUGUUACACUAUGGCGCUGCGCUGUGCAAAGAUGACAAUGCAUAAUGCAAUUUGACGGAACCUACCACUCCUGCCUCCCCAUGACUCUGACCUCGUGGUGUUGUGAAUCGAAAAUGUGAAAUUUUAACGUUGAGAGAUGCCUUUUUUUUCUUGCUUGAAUUUUUACUGCUGUAAAACAUUCAGUUGUUUCAAACAUGUUUGUCAUAGUUUUGUUGCAAUUGCACCGAGUAGCCCAGAGAGCAGCAUUUUUAAAAAUGCGAGCGCGUUUCAUUUGGGCUCUUUCAAUGUCAUGCUCUUUAGGUUCCUUGUUUUUCCCACUGUUGUCGGCACCGUGCAGCAUGAUGUAAUUAUUUAUAUGGAGAAGUAUCUACAACAUUUAUAGGAGAUAUGAAGAGAAAGGGUGAAGCUUUGUGGCGUAUUUUGAGUGCAAGCAAUGCACUGGUUGUGUGUUGCCCAGCUACUAAUUUCGAUCUAGCCACGAGCUCAGCUGAUGUGCCUGAUUUUUACAUCAAUAAAAAAAAAAAUGAAUACUGUAUUUUUGCCCUUUG